AUGUCGUUCGAUCGUAAUUCGAUUGAAUCUCGAAUUUCCAUUUUUAUUCUAUCGAUGAUCUCAGAUGAGCAUGGAAAAACAGCGGAAUUCAAGGCUCCGAAUAUGAACAUCAAUGGUGUUCUUGUUACGGAUAAGAAUGGACUCGUACUUGCAAAUGAGGACGUGAAAAAUGAUUGUAGUGGACCGAUUGCGUUACUUUCCGAUAUGGCAUCAACUCUGUUCGAACGACCUGCGAUCGUUUGUUUGGAAAAUGGUGAUCAAAAACUAAUUAUUCGCGAAGCAGGAAAAACUGUUUUCAGCAUUUAUACGGAAACAACUCGUCGUUAG